GUCUGUGUGUCUGCCAAAGUUGGUUACUAUAAAAGAAGGUUGCAAGAGUUUGCUGUUAUUUACGACUAUAUUUUCAGAUUUCGAGUCGACUCAACCAUAUAUGAGACUGGUCAUCGCUGGCGAUAGAUCCACAUUCAUAGUAUUACAAUGAUGUAGUUGCCGAUUUGUGUUGAUUUGUGUAGCAAAGAAUGUUUCAUACAUGCCAUGAUUUUGUAGAGAGAUUUCACCAUUGUUCCACAUGUUCAGUGUUUUAUAACAGAGACUGAGUAGCCAUCAUGUCAUUGUAUGAUGGAUUGGGGCUAGAUACAGGCCCCAAGAAGGAAGACACACCUGAUGCAAAGAAAUCCGAUCUUGCUGGUUGGUCAACUGGUAUACGGUUAAUGCAGUCUCAGUUGAGGAUAAAGAAAGCAGCUCUCACUGAGGCACAACGUAGAAUACGUCACACCACUCUACCACCUGUGGUGGAUUUAAAGAAAAGUAAUGAAGAAAAAAGUGACUUUAUGCCACCUCCUCAGCUUGUGUACAGUAAACCACCCAAGCCGCCUGUUGUUGAAGAAGAGGUUCAAUUCUCUAAGCCCUCCCCCUUUAUAACUGGAGGAGAACAAUCAUACCCUGAUGCCAAUGACGAGUACAAUCCAUUAUGGCCAAAUGAAUAUGAGAAAAUUAUAAAAGCCAAGCGGGAACGAAGACAAAAAGAGCGAGAACUUGAAAGACAAUCCAGAGACGUGGAAGACAGAGACAGUGGCAGGAGGAGAGAGAAAGACCGUGACAGAGAUCGGGAUCGCGAUAGAGAAAGGGGUAGGGAUCGUGACAGAGAUCGAAACAGAGACAGAAGAGAUAGGGAUCAAGAUAGACACAGAGAUUUGGAGAUGGAUUUUAGAGACAGAUCACCAAAGGGAUUUUCAAGAAAACCAGACAGUGAAGACGAAUAUGACUUUGAAGAACGUGACAAGGCACGAGAACGAAGACGCUCAGGUUUACCAUCACAUGGAGCAGCCAUAGCACCACCAGCUUCACUAAUACAAGAAGAUUUUCAAGCAAAUAAUGACAACGAAGACAGAUUUAUACCUCCAAGUAAACCAUUACUUGAAAGACCAAAACCAUUAGCACCAAAAUCAUUAGUACCGAGUUAUGAUGCUGAUCCAGAGAGAGCUACGACACCACCACCUGGUAGUUCAUUUGGAAAUAUGUCACCCCCUCCUCCUUCCAUUGUUAGCCCUAUAGAACCACCACGACCACAACAAGUCAGUACAUUCCAAGCACCUAUAGGCUUAGGUGCUGGGUCAGUUGCAGCCAAAAUUAUGGCUAAAUAUGGUUUUAAAGAAGGCCAAGGUCUAGGAAAAUCAGAACAGGGCAUGAGUUCUGCGUUACAAGUCGAGAAAACGAGUAAAAGAGGUGGCAAAAUUAUCGCUGGUGACAAACCUGUUAUGCCAGUAGAACCUCUUCCACCACCGCCACCACCGCCUCAAUCAGCUGAUCAAAUGGGUCCACCAAAAUCACAAAUAGCUGCAACAGCACUCACGGAAGCAAUGAGAAAUCCUAGUAAAGUUGUACUACUCAGAAAUAUGGUUGGUCCUGGUGAAGUGGACGAUGAUCUAGAACCAGAAACAGCUGAAGAAUGUACUAAAUAUGGUAAAGUAACAAGAGUUCUUAUAUUUGAGAUUCCUGGAGGAGCACCAGAUGAAGCAGUGAGAAUAUUUGUGGAAUUUGAAAGAUUAGAAUCUGCCAUCAAAGCUGUGGUGGAUCUUAAUGGAAGAUAUUUUGGAGGACGGACUGUAAAAGCAGGCUUCUUUGAUCCUGAUAGAUUCAAAAGAUAUGAUUUGGCUCCAAGCUAAGAGGCGUGUGGGUGAUAUACAAUUUGCUCAGCAGAGAUUUAAAAUAAACAAUAACUUGUGAAUUCCUAGUUGGAUGGACUGUGGAAAGAGAUGAUCCAGUAUGGAAGACAUUCAUCAUCACUUCAUUACACAUGCAAAUUUCAAGUUGUUGCAUCAUUAAUCAUUUUACGCUACUGCCACCGUUCCUAAAGACUUUUUCCAAGACUGUGUAGUCAUACGCAGGAAUCGUGCAUACCCAAAUUCAUCAAAAUGCAGUGUGUACGUAAAAUUAUAUAUAUAUAUCAUAUUGGGCAGUUUCCUUCACUUUCAAAUUUACUGUAUUGAAAAAAAAAGGAUGUUGUGAUAUUAAAACUAAAAUGAUUUGUAAAGUAAU